CGGGGGAGUGGGAACUGCUGAGUCCCUGCCCAGGAGUGGAAGCAUGGUCCCUGGAAACUGAUGGGAGCCCAGUGCAGGAAUGGAACUCAGGACCUGUGCGUGCAAGCAGCAGUGACUCUGCCGCAACAGCACACAAUGACAGCUCCUCACCUGCUCAUAAGGGGACAUGACAGAUGCAGUUAAUUGUGGAAAGAUGGCAGAGGAAAUCCAGGAAAGGACCAAAAUGAACUUUCCGUUUCCUUUUACACCAUAUCCCAUUCAAGAAGAAUUCAUGGCUAAACUUUAUCAGGUCUUGGAAGCUGGAAAGAUUGGUAUAUUUGAGAGUCCUACUGGCACAGGGAAAUCCCUGAGUCUCAUUUGCGGAGCUCUCUCGUGGCUCCGAGACUUUGAAGAAAAAAAGAGAAAAGAAGAGGCCCAGCUCCUUGAAAUAGAACAUAAUGAGAAUGAUAUGAAAAAGCAAACUGAGAAGGGCAGCACAGGUCCUCUAGGCAGCCAGGCUUUGACUGGGGAACCAGACUGGAUCACCCAGUUUGUUCAGAAGAAAGAAGAGCGGGAAAAUGUGCAAAGGUUGAAGGAAGAGCAGAUCAGGAGAAAGAAGCGAGAAGAGCGCCUUGAGCAAAUUCGCCACAAUGUCCAGCUGAAGUAUGCCUCUAAAAGAAAGAGGACUGAGGAGGAGGAGACAGAGCAGCUGCUCCAGCUCAGUAAGGACAUCUUGUCUAAUGUGGGCGAGACAGACACUUUGGAGCCCUUGGAUCAGAAUGAGGAAGAGUUGAUCCUUGCAGAAUACGAAAGCGAUGAGGAGAAGAAAGUGGGAAGCAGGUUGCAUGAAGAAGAGGAGGAGGAGGAUAUUGAAGAAGAGCAUGUAACUAAGAUUUACUAUUGCAGCCGAACACACUCUCAGCUGGCCCAGUUUGUGCACGAGGUUCAGAAGAGCCCUUUCGGCAGGGGGACUCGGCUGGUGUCCCUGGGGUCUAGGCAGAAUCUGUGUGUGAAUGAGGAAGUGCGGCGCCUGGGAGCCGUUCAGCUCAUCAAUGAUCGCUGUAUGGAGAUGCAGAAGAAUAAAUGUGAGAAGAAGAGUGUGGGAGAGGAGGUGGAGGGCAAGAAAAAGCGGAUGACACGAACGGUGUGUCCAUUCUACUCCUAUGAGCAUAUGCAGUUUCUUCGGGAUGAAGUUCUAGUUGAGGUGAAAGAUAUUGAGCAGCUGGUGAAUCUGGGGAAAGAAGCAAACGCCUGUCCAUAUUAUGGCAGCCGAUAUGCCAUUCCGGCUGCUCAGCUGGUGGUGUUGCCUUAUCAAAUGCUGCUGCAUGAAGCUACCAGAAGUGCAUCUGGGAUCAAGCUGAAGGACCAGGUGGUGAUAAUUGACGAAGCCCACAAUCUGAUAGACACCAUAACCAGCAUCUACAGUGCCCAGAUUAGUGGUUCUCAAUUGUGCUGUGCCCAUUCCCAGCUGCUGCAGUAUAUGGAGAGAUACAGAAAACGAUUGAAAGCAAAGAACCUGAUGUACAUGAAACAGAUUCUAUACUUGCUGGAGAAGUUUGUGGCUGUUCUUGGAGGAAAUGUAGAACAGAAUCCAAAUACUCAGAACAUUCCUCAAGCAGGCGUGCAGCUGAAGUCUAUCAAUGACUUUCUCUUCCAGUGUCAGAUUGACAACAUCAACCUCUUCAAGGUCCAGCACUAUUGUGAGAAAAGCCUCAUCAGCAGGAAGCUGUUUGGGUUUAUGGAGAGAUAUGGAGCAUCUGGAGCUUUGAAAACUAGAAAAGAGGACCAGAAAAUGACUGGCUUACAGACCUUCCUGCAAACCUUGAACAAGAGGAAAGGGAAGGAAGGCACUCUGCCAAACCCUCCUGAAGAGGCUGAGGGUGAUCAGCCCAGAAUGGCAUCUCCUCUGAUGCAUAUAGAGGGGUUCCUAGCUGCGCUCACAAAUGCAAAUCAAGAUGGAAGAGUAAUCCUCACCAGGCAAGGCGCUUUAGCUCAGAGCAGUCUCAAGUUCCUUCUGUUGAAUCCGGCCGUGCACUUUUCCAAGGUGCUGAAGGAGUGUCGGGCUGUGAUCAUUGCUGGAGGCACCAUGCAGCCGGUGGCUGAUUUCCGGGAACAGCUGCUUGUGUGUGCGGGUAUCAGCGCUGAGAGGCUCGAGGAAUUCUCCUGUGGUCACGUGAUUCCCCCAGACAACAUCUUACCCAUCAUCCUCUGCAGUGGCCCAACCAAUCAGCAGCUAGAGUUCACCUAUGAAAAGAGAGACCUGCCUCAGAUGAUGGAGGAGCUGGGCCGGAUUCUUUGUAACCUGUGCAAUAUUGUUCCUGGGGGCAUGGUAUGUUUCUUCCCGUCUUACGAAUAUGAGAAGCAGGUGUGCAUGCACUGGGAGAAGACUGGGCUGCUGACUCGUCUGGCUGUGAAAAAGAAGAUAUUUCAGGAACCUAAAAGAGCAAACCAGGUGGAGCAGGUGCUGGCAGAGUAUGCCAAGUGCAUCAAGCAUUGCAGCCAAGCUGGAGGCCCUAUGACGGGAGCACUGCUGUUUUCUGUCGUUGGUGGGAAAAUGAGUGAAGGGAUAAAUUUUUCUGAUGACCUGGGAAGGUGUGUGAUCAUGGUGGGUAUGCCCUAUCCGAACAUCAAGUCUCCAGAACUUCAAGAGAAAAUGGCUUACCUUGAUAAGACAAUGCCAAAGACUGCAGGCCCGGCACCAGGCAGGAUGCUCAUUGAGAACUUGUGCAUGAAAGCCGUCAAUCAGUCCAUAGGGAGAGCAAUUCGUCAUCAAAAAGACUUUGCCAGUAUCAUGCUGUUAGAUCACAGGUACACACGCCCAUCUGUUCUCAACAAGCUACCUCAGUGGAUCAAGCAGAGGACGCAGGUCAAGGCUGACUUUGGGCCAGCAUUUGCAGCAUUAAGAAAGUUCCACUGCGGGAAGAGAGCACAAUGUGAAUCUGUAUCGUCCUGACGGGAAUGGACAAGUAGCCAGAUGCCUCUGCUGUGGAUUUGAAGAGCCUUGAAUGUAUUACUUUUUCUAGUUAUGUGUAAUAUAAAGCACCUUCCAGACCUUUGUGUCGAUAA